CGCCGUGCACAUGGCACCUGGCGCCGCACAGCUACAGCCCCGCACCUCCGGGCGUUCACACUGAGCGACCCGCUCCUGCGGCUUCCCCCAGCCACACGGGAUCACAGCAAAGGAGAGUUUUGAGGAGAGCUUUGAAGGAUGCUUCGAACCUCCAGGACACUCAGUUAAGAGCAUCAAAGGACCGGGAUUUUUGACUGCUAGGGGUGAAGUGACCUCUUAGAGGGAACAAGGAUAAAAACCUUGCGUCUUUGAUCUCCGGAGCUCUGAGAAAAUGGAGAGCCUUAGAGGCCCCUAUAUAGAUGACGUGAUUGCGAGAGAAAGUGAAGAGGAGAAUCCUCAGCUGAAGCUAGACACAGAAAAGAAACUAGACACACAUGCCGGCCCCAUUAACUGUCGGAGGCCACGUGGCAGAGAAAAUCACUAUCAAUGUACAGAAUGUAGGAAAAGCUUCAGUGUUCAUUCGGCGCUGAUCAAACACCAGAGAAUCCACACCGGAGAGAAACCCUAUCAGUGCAGUGAAUGUGGGAAAACCUUCAGUGUAAGCUCGACGCUGGUUACUCAUCAGAGGAUCCAUACGGGGGAGAGGCCCUACAAAUGCGUGCAGUGUGGGAAGAGCUUCAAUCAAAGCUCACACCUCACUCAGCAUCAGAAGAUCCACAAGGGAGAGAAGCCAUGUACAUGUACUGAAUCUGGAGAAGGCUUUACUGACAGCUCAACGUGCGUGAAACAUCCAGGACUGCAUGCUGGAGUGGGGCCCUAUAAAUGCGCUGAAUGUGGGAAAAGCUUCAAUCGGAGCUCCACUCUCUACAACCACAACAGGAUCCACACGGGAGAGAAACGCUACAGAUGUGAUGAGUGUGGGAAAAGCUUCAGUGUGAGCUCCAACCUCAUCAGGCAUCAGAAAAUCCACACAGAGCAGAGACCCUAUAAGUGUCUUGAAUGUCGUAAGAGCUUCAGCCUGAGCUCAGAUCUGGAAGCGCAUCAGAGGCUUCACCUGGGAGAGAAACCCCACAAAUGUUCUGAGUGCGAGAAAAGCUUUGAUCAGGAGUCGCAGCUCCUGAAACAUCAGCGAGUUCACGCUGGGGAAAACUCGUAUGAAUGUGUGGAGUGUGGGAAGAGCUUUAGUAGGAAGGGGAACCUCCUGAGACACCAGGAGAUCCACACUGGGGACAAACCCUACCAGUGUAAUGAAUGUGGGAAAAGCUUCAGCCGGAGUUCGUCGCUCAUGCAGCAUCAGCGGAUCCACACUGGAGAGAAACCCUACAGCUGCAUUGAAUGUGGCAAGAACUUCAGCUUUAGCUCCCAGCUCACCACCCACCAGCGGAUCCACACAGGGGAGCGGCCCUACAAAUGUAUCGAGUGUGGGAAAAGCUUUGUGGAUAGCUCGGGUCUCAUUCAGCAUCGGAGAAUUCACACGGGAGAGAAGCCCUACCAAUGCACUGAGUGUGGGAAGAGCUUCCGGCAGAACUCGGUGCUGAUUCAACACCGGAGAACCCACACCGGUGACAAGCCCUUCGAGUGCGGGGAGUGUGGGGAACGCUUUAGCCAGAGCUCCACGCUGAUCACACAUCAAAGGAUUCACACUGGGGAGAGGCCCUACCACUGCAGUGAGUGCGGGAAGAGCUUCAGCGAGAGUUCGCACCUCACGCAGCAUAGGAGAAUCCACACGGGGGACAAGCCCUACAAGUGCGGUGAGUGUGGGAAGAGCUUCAUUCAGAGCUCGCAGCUCACCACCCACCAGAGGAUCCACACAGGAGACAAACCCUACCAGUGCCACACCUGUGGGAAGAGCUUCAGUGACAGCUCGGCACUCACCCAGCAUCAGAGAGUCCACACCGGGGAGCGACCGUACCAGUGCACGGAAUGUGGGAGGAGCUUCAGCCAGAGCUCGGCCCUGGUGCAGCACUGGAGGAUCCACACUGGAGAUAAGCCCUAUGAGUGCACCGAGUGCGGGAAAACUUUCAGCCAGAGCGCAGGCCUCCAGCUGCAUCAGAGAAUCCAUGUGGCAGAGAAACCCUUUGGUUGUGGUGAAUGUUUGAAAAGCUUCACUCGGAAUUCAGACCUGGUUAAACACCAGCGAAUCCACACAGGAGAGAAGCCUUAUCAAUGCAACGAGUGUGAGAAAACCUUCAGUCAGCGGUCAAAUGUUAUCAGACACCAGAGAACCCACACGGGUGAAAAACACUACAAAUGUAAAGAAUGCGGGAAGAGCUUCAGUCAGAAUUCGCACCUCAUCGUACACCAAAGAAGCCACAAGGGCGAGAAGCCCUACCGUUGUACUAGAUGUGAGAAAAGCUUCAGUGAUUGCUCAUCGCUUAUUAUACACAGGAGAAUCCACACAGGGGAGAAACCCCAUCAAUGUAAAGAAUGUGGGAAAAGGUUCCGUGACAGCUCCGCCAUCAUCCGACACCAGCGAAUCCACACGGGAGAGAAACCCUACAAAUGUGGUGAUUGUGGAAAGAGCUUCCGACAGAGCUCAUCACUUAUUACCCACAGAAGAACCCACACAGGAGAAAAGCCCUACAAAUGUUCAGUGUGUGAUAAAAGCUUCAGUCAGAGCUCGGCACUUGCGACUCAUCACCGAAUCCAUACAGGAGAAAAUCCCUAUCGAUGUUCUGAAUGUGGGAAAACCCGGAGUGAGCGCGCUGCACUUAUUUCACAUCGGAGUGUCCACACACACGGAAAACCUUACAAGUGUGCUGAAUGUGGAGAAAGCUUUAGACGGAGCACAGCACUUAAUGUCCAUCUGAGAAUCCACAGAGGGGAGAGACCAUAUACAUGUGAUGAAUGUGGGAGAACCUUCAGACAGAGCUCAGCUCUUGAUGUGCAUUCGCGAAUCCACACAGGAGCAAGACCCUAUAAAUGUAGUGAAUGUGGAAAAAACUUCAGACAGAGCUCAGCACUUAAAGUGCAUUUAAGAAUCCACACAGGAAAGAAACCCUAUAAAUGUAUUGCAUGUAGGAAAAGUCUCAGUUUGCGUUCACAUCUAGUAUAGCAGGGGUGUCCAAACCAUGGCUCGUGAACUGCAUGCGGCUCUUUUACAGUUAAAGUGCAGCUCGCAGAUCCCCCUCUCCCCAUUCUCCACCUACCAGACUGGGGUGGGGGAAGCUCGAGACCUCGUCUUGCAGCGGGGUAGUGGGGUAGGGCCUUCUUCCCAGUGGGGAGGGGGUCUCAGGGCUUCAGCCCUGUGGGGCAUGCCUGCUGGGGUUUAGGGCUUCAGCAGGAGUGGGGUUGAAGCCCCAAGCCCCGUAAGGCGCCUCCCGUGGGGCUGAAGCCCAGAGCCCCAGCAAGUGUGUCCCGGCUCUCAAACUUCUGAAGAUUGUCAAAUGUGGCUCAGAGGGUCAAAGUAAGUUUGGCCACCCCUGUAGUAUAGGAUUAGAGUGGUCAUAUGGAAUAGAAAGCAGUAGCAGACAUUGGUCAUUUGGGGUAUAUAUAAAGGAGCCUAAGUUUCAGUUUUAGGCACCAUUGCAAUCCACAAAACCCCCAGUAAGCUGCUGCUUAACUCUGCAGGCACCUAAUUCAUUUGGCACCUAAAUUUUCACUGUAAUCAUCUCCUAGUCACGUAAGUGUUGGCCUCUGGGCAUGCACCCUGCCACCUUACUGUAAGCAUCUGGACACUUGAGCACCAGCAUGAUGCUCAGACCAGGGGAAGUUGGGUGAUCCUCCUACCUAGCCUGCAGAGCCCAGGCCAGUAGGCAUGUUCUGAGUACACCUAGCAGAUUCGGGCUACAUUCAAAAUCCUGAUGGAGGAGGAGGAGCCUCCUCCCUCAUAACUUUUAGCCUAGUGGUUAAAAUGCUUACCCAGGAACAAGUGGAACAGCUUCAACAUGAGAGAUUGAGGAAGCCCCACAUCAGAAUUAGGGGUGUACAAUAUUAAACUGUUAACCGGUAAGCAUUAGUCUUACCAGUUAACCCACCCUAACCGUUACCCCAGCUGCAGCCCCAGGCCAGCGUGAGAGGCCCCAGCCCAGCCACACUCCCUUUAAUCAGUUAACUGAUUUAAAUGAUAUACUUUUGAUCGUUUAAACGGUUAAGUUUUUAAACAAUAUUUACAUCCCUAAUCAGAAUAUCCCAUAGCCCAGUGGUUUGGGCAUUUCCCUCAGAGAUAGGAGAUCCCUGUUCAAAUACCUUUUUCCCUUCAGGCAGAGGAGGGGAAUUGAACUGGGCAUGAGUGUUGAGAAACAGAGUGGAAAAGACCUGGCUGUUGGACUGAUCAUUUUGAUAUCGGAGAGAGGCGGUUGAUGCUAGAAAAUUGGGGUAUUCUGGAAAGAAUGAGUGAAUUACUUGUGGGGAGCUGAGUGCUGGUGGAGUGGGUUGUUUUACAGAUUGUGCAGAGGAGGUGUAAUGUGGAUCUGAGGGAUGGGGUGUUGGGUGCUGGAUAAUUUGGGGAUUAGGGGUGGGAAUUUGUGGUAGAAUAGAAAGGGAGAUUUUUUUAGAUUUUAUCUUAUUUUCUUUAUGUACAAGAAAGUUAAAAUAAUAACGUCCGGAUUGGUUCUCAGCCAGACCUUCAGUUUAUUACAAAUUGUAAGCGGUCCUGGGGAUGUCAUCUCUUUUUAAACUGUGGAUGGCAAAGUAAUGUGUUUUUGGAGACUCUCACCUCAUAACUUCACCAGGUUUUAGACAAGGGAUUUGGGCUAUUUCCUUUCUUUGAUCUUAAAGAUCUGCAGUUCUGUCUCUUUUCUUCCUCUUUCCAAGAGAUUUAUGGUAGGACUUCAGAGUUAUGAACUGACCAGUCAACAACACACCUCAUUUGGAACCAGAAGUACACAAUCAGGCAGCAGUGGGUGGGGGAAGCAAGUACAGUACUGUGUUAAACGUAAACUAUUAAAAGAAGGAAACAGCAUUUUUCUUCUGCAUAGUAAAGCUUCAAAGCUGUAUUAAGUCAAUGUGAAGUUGUAAACUUUUGAAAGAACAACCAUAAUGUUUUGUUCAGAGUUACGGACAACCUCCAUUCCCAAAGUGUUCAUAACUGUGAUGUUCUACUGUAUUCAGUUCAAAGGACUCUUACCUCCAUAAGCAAAUAUCAGGAGAUACACUCAAGUCAGAAGUGAAGUGGCUGCUCUCAAAGAGGAUGGAUACAUAGCACUCACUGUGAAAGUGUUUAUCUCCAUCUUUUCCUCCCUGGCAGCAUCUCUAGAAUUUGUCUCUUCUCAUUGAAACACCUUUAGCGUGUAGAGUGGGAGACUAACAAAACCUGGGCAAUAAUGUAACCUCAUUUAAACAAAAUAAAAGAAGCUUUUGGCUGUCCUGGCUAGACCCAUUUCACAUUUUGGGUUCCCAUGGAAGCCCGAGAGUGUUUCCAGUUUUCUAGUCCUUUUGGUAAUGUGAUACUUUUGUUCCUUCUUUAACUAAUUAAUGCUAGUAAAAUAUUUGUAACAUAUAAAGCACCGCAUAAUUGCUAGCAAUAAUUACUUUUACUAUUUUAAUGUUUCCAUAUUACAUAAAAUCUCUCUAUAUUGUAUAUUACUAUUAUUGUUGCACUUAUUACUGUCAACAGUAUUUCCAUAUUAUAUAAAACUUCUUUUUUUCCCUAUUGUCCCAUCUUCUGUUCUUGAAUGUAUUUCAGGUGGGGCAAAAUCCUGGCCUCAUUGAGGUCAGUGGCAAAACUCACAUUGACUUCAGAGGGCCAGGAAUUCAUCCCUGGAGUAUUUCAUAAAAUUUUAUAUAAAGAGAUAAGUAGUCCUAUAUGAGGAGGUUUUAUUUUUUUGGAAUGGGAGAUUCAGUUGCUUGGAGAGGUCUAGCAUGUGCUGAAUUCUGCCUCGUGUAAUUUUAUUCAUGAAUGAUAUGUCACCAUAUCUGAACAAAGGCAACACAAACAGAAAAUGUUUAAAGCAAGGCAGUGGAAGAAUCAGAGGAGCUUUCCACAUGAAAAGAGGUUUAAAGGGCCAGGACUGUUAAGUUUGAGAAGAGAGAGAGAGAAUACAAUAGAAUUUUAUAAAAUGUGAAGGCUCCCACUUAUUUGUCCCUUAAUACAAGAACAAGGGAGCAUUCAGUGAAGUUAAAAGGCAGCAAAUUUAAAAUGGAUACAAGUAAUUUUUAAGGCAAUGUAUAAUCUGUGGCAUUCACAGCUAAAGAAUAACCAUUGUAUCAAAGAGUUUAGUACAGGGGUCGGCAACCUCUGGCAUGUGGCUCGUCAGGGCAAGCCAAGCACCCUGGCGGGCCGGGCCAGUUUGUUUACCUGCCGCGUCAGCAGGUUCGGUGGAUCGUGGCUCCCACUGGCUGCGGUUUGCCGCUCCAGGCCAAUAGGGGUGGUGGGAAGCCCCAGCAGGGUGCUUACCUUGCCGAGCUGCGUGCCAGAGGUUGCUGACCUCUGGCUUAGUAAAUGUAAAAAAAGGAGGGGGGAGAAAGAUUAGGCAUUUGUGAAUGAAAACAGCAUUUGGGAGUAUAAAAACCAGCUGGUGUAGGGAAAAAAAUCUUCCCCGUGGUAUGCUACUGCACAGUUAGAUGGAUUGUAUGUUUCAGAACUUCCGCUUGAGCAUCUGCACACAUCCUGCUCUGUAGUUAUCAGACCCAGGGCUUUAGAGCAGAGCCCAUUGCUGGAGCGCGGAGCAGUGGAGCUGCAGGUUUUUGCCUGGAGCGGAGCUGGAGCACCGCUCCAAAGCCCCGAUUCAGACCAAUUCUAGUAAUAAAUCCUUUAUUGGUAUCCAAAAUACUGAAGCAUCCUAAUUGCAUUAUGAGCUCCCUCCAAGGAACACCACCCAUAGCCAGGACCAAUAAGUUCCUAUUGUCUAGCCUGAACAAAACAAUUUUGGUAUACUCCCUUGAGCCAUCAGUUUACCCAUAAACAAAUCUAGCGUUCUCCCUUAAACCAUUGUUGUUUCCUUACAAAACCCCCUACCCAUGCUCAAGUAAGUGUUCUGAUGCCUGGAUCCAACCUCUGCAUCAGUUCCAUUGGAACAUCAUCUUCUUCUGACUGAUUGUGCUGGGGGCUCUGCCUGUCUCCAGCACUCUGGACCUUCAGCUACCACCACCACUUGGGACCCCUGAUCAAUUCAAGCUUCAGGGAGUGGUGAGAAACCAUCUCUCUCUCUCUCUCUCUCUCUCUCUCUCUCUAGGUAUAGCCUUCUGACCCUGACUUGCGUGAUCAGUUAUUUCUGAACCUGACUUUUAUAAUCAAAUUUGUUAGAUUUAAUAUUAUAACUGUUUUGCUUGUUUGGCUCCCCUAUGGUUAUUACCUGGCAAUAAAUAACUUUCAUGGUUAA